AUGGAGGUCUUUUUGGAGAGCGACGACGAGUUUCGACCGCUGAUUCUGCCGGGGACUGCGGCUUGCUCGCUCGGUUCGACGGUGCCCUCUUCGCCCGCGUCUUCUGUCGGAACACCCGACGCAUCCUCCUCAGAACUGCAGUCAGAGAAGAGACACUUGCAAGAAAGAAAUGGUAAGGACGGCACGUUGAAGAAAGGGUCUGCGUCCAGUGGACUGCAUAGUUCCUCGUCUUCCGACAGUUCGACAAGUCGAAAGUCUUUGGAUGUCGACGACGACUUCGGGGAAGACUCCUCUCUCCGAACCUUGUUUGUGAACCUCCGCAUCGCGGCCCGCCGACUUCUCUUCCACCCUGCUGCGGUGUCUCCGUUCUGCUUCCACCAUUUCUCUUCUCCGAGAGGCGUCUCGGAACACAACCUAGGGGACAUUGUCUCUCCUUCGCGCUCGACUGCUCUGUCUGCCUCUGCGGACAGAAGCGCCUCAGGGUGGCUGCCAGCAACGUGGACGCUUCCUCAACCAGGCAAGCUCGUCGAGGGACUCUCUUGGCGAGGCUGCAUGUGUGAAGUCCUCGGAACGUUCCUCGUCGCUCUUCUGGUGCAUGCAUCCGCACGAGCUGCGACUCUCACGGCGAGCUCUCUCAAUGGAGACGGAGACGCAGAACCGACUUUAGGCGGAUGGGCGAUCGCUGCCAGGCUUCCUCUCCUUCUCUACGCUGUCGCCGCCCUCCUAGGGGUCUUCUGCAAUCCAGCCUUUCUGUACGCUGCGUACACCGCGUUCGCUUCCUCUUCUGCGUCGGCUCCCAGUGUCUGCGACGCCUCCCGGAUGAAUUGCUUCUCCGUCAAUCUCCUCGUCUGCCUUCAGUAUCUCGCUGCAGGGGCGGGGGCCUUCUUCGCUGUCCACGCGCUUCCCUUGGAUCGUGGAACUGCAGAGACAACAACCAAGCAAGACCUCUUUCUGAGCGCUCAGGUGGCUUGGCAAGCCUUCUUUGAAGCUCUCGGCGCGUGUCUUAUGGGUGCAUCGGUUCUUCAACUCGUUGCGCUUUCCUCGUUUUUUCGUUCUUCGCGUGAAGAAGUGGCGUCCCUGAGCUUGAGACAGAGAAGUCUCGACAGAGCUGCAGGCGGCCGGUGCGCUGCGUCCGCGUUGCCAUCGUCUUCUUCUCUGCGUCGCUCUUUUUUUUCGCGGCCUUUCCUCUUUUUCGGGAAGAAGGAAGACCUUCUCACUUCUGCGUUUGAGCCGCAAAAACGCUUUGGAAAGCCUCGCGCGUGGGCGGUCGCGCUUCCCUUUCUUCUUCUGCUUCUCGCCUGGUCUCUGCCAGUCUCUCGGUCGUCGCUGAACCCCGCCGUCGCGUACGCCUCCAACUGUGCUCGCCGACAAGCAGAACGCAUCUUUGCCAUUUCACGAGGAUCCACCGCAGAGAUCCCCGGCGCUCUCCAAACCCUGGGGGCGCCCGACGGAGGAAAUCGAGGCUCCUCAGGUGUACGUACACCCGAGGCGUACUCCCAGCUCGCGGCGUCGGGUGCGUCGGCAGGCAGCGAAGCGAGAGGGGGGAGAGAGGCGGAGGUCCGAGGUCUUCGCCUCCAGGGGAGAGGCGCUGAAGCUGUGGCGGGGGAGAAGACAGGCGCCUUCCUUGAGCUCGACUCCUCGUUUGCUCGAUCCGCGACUUCCUCGUUUCCGCCUGGCGUUGUCUUCUCUCGCGGGAUCUCUUCUCGCGACGCUUCGCCUGCCGUCGCCGGUGUCGCAUCUGCUGCUGCCUCUCAGCGUUUUGCUGGUGUUUCCGCCGGCCCUGUUUCUCGUUUGCCAGACGGCGUUGCGCUCUCUCUGCUGGACGUGGAGCAGGAGGCACCGAAGACAGAGAGAGUGGGGGGAAUCGACAGAGGUGGACAGACGCUGCCUGGCGCCGCCUCGGACUUUUUCGAGGAGCAAAGCGAACAGAAACUCGGCCUUCCGACUUUCCUGCUGCCACCUGGAAUCUCACCAGACAAGGAUGUCGAGGGAAUUCAGAUUCUAGGCAGGGAGGAAGGCGAUGGGGAAAUCCUCUUCGAGUUCGAUGAAGCUUGUGCAACAGCCUCUCCAUGGCUGUCUUUCUUUCUCCUUUUCUCAGCUGCGCCAUACUUUGGCGCCUUCGCUGCUGCUCUCAUUUGGACUAGGUUCGGAGGUGUUGAGCAGCAGUUUUGCUUCCAAGAAAAUGCUUCUCUCAACUGA